AUUGCGAAUUAUAUUGAACUAAAGAAGAAGGUGUUUAAUUAGAGUCAACAAUUGACUAAGAAAAACAAAUUUGGGUAACAUUUCAUCAACAACACCAAGCUAAAACUUGACUUUUGUCGUCCAAAAACUAUGUAUAUUAAUAUUAGUAUGCAGUAAGAACCUCCCAGACUCUCAAGUAUACGCAUAAUUAUCUUUCCGCAGCCAAGACAAUGGCUUAUCCUUGCGUCAAAAGAAACGUAUUUUCACUUCUUCCUCUACUCCUUCUUCUAUCAAUCACCCCUUUGUCUUCAUCUUUGUCUCCGAGUGACAAAGUCACAAAAACCUUCUUAUCCCGACUCUGCACAGAACCGCACAUUGACACCAACUUCUGCAUCACUUGGCUAAUCUCUGAUCCAACAACAUAUACCCUCGACCUACAAGGUCUUCUCGAUUUAGUCUUCCAAAAGACGCAAUUAUUGGGCAAUAAGAACCUAGCGGCGAUGAAAGGCUCAGUGAAUACCACGACUGAUCCGACGCUCAAGAUCCCAUUUGAGACUUGCGUGAGAGAUUAUGAAGGAGCCAUUAAAGCGAUCGAGGAAGCUCAAGGGUUUGUGACCUCUAAGGCGUACCCGUUAGCAUCUCAAGGGGCUGCUAAAGCCUUCAUUAGUAUAUCAGUGUGUGAAGCUCAGUUUGCAGGAAAUGUGCCGGCUUAUGUAGCAAAACUCAAUUUGUUUUUUAAGAGAAUGUGUAAUAUUGAUAGGGUUUUCUCCGACGUUUUGACUUCUUGAUUCUUUAUGUAUCUUUCACCUGCAAGAAGGCAGAAACUACUAAAUGUCAUUCACGCUGAUGUACUAGUAACUUAAAGACCA